CCAGCUAAAACAAGCAGAGACAUACACAAAAUAGAGCAUUAUUGCUUCAAAAAAUAUAGAACCUUUAUUCUACGACCAUGGAGUCUAAUCCUAGCACCAUGCAGGAGCAGUCUCCAAGCUGCCUAGAAAUAACGAUGGAGGUUCACAGUGUUGUUCCACCACCCCAUAAGAGCACCAUUCAGAAGCUCAAAACCAGGCUCAAAGAAACUUUGUUCCCUGAUGAUCCUUUCCGCCAAUUCAAAGGACAACCAACGAAGAAGAAAUGGGUUCUUGCAGCUCAAUACAUCUUCCCUAUUCUUCACUGGGGUCCAAAUUAUAAUCUCAAACUCUUCAAAUCAGAUAUAGUUUCAGGAGUUACCAUAGCUAGCUUAGCCAUCCCCCAGGGUAUAAGUUAUGCUAAGCUUGCUAGUCUACCACCAAUUGUUGGCCUCUAUUCCAGCUUCGUUCCCCCUCUUGUAUAUGCUGUACUCGGAAGCUCAAGGGACAUUGCAGUUGGACCUGUUUCAAUUGCUUCACUUAUACUUGGAUCCAUGCUUACACAACAAGUAUCCCCUACCGGUGAUCCUCUCUUGUUUCUCCAACUAGCGUUUACUGCAACAUUUUUUGCUGGUCUUUUCCAAGCUUCUUUGGGAUUUUUAAGGCUUGGAUUUAUCAUUGAUUUUCUUUCAAAGGCAACACUAAUAGGCUUCAUGGCUGGUGCUGCUAUCAUUGUUUCAUUACAGCAGCUGAAAAGCCUUCUUGGAAUCACUCAUUUUACUAAAAAAAUGGGUUUCAUCCCUGUUAUGACCUCUGUUUUCCACAACUCACAGGAGUGGUCAUGGCAAACAAUACUGAUGGGCUUUAGCUUCCUAGUGUUUCUGCUAGUAGCAAGACAUGUGAGCAUGAGAAGGCCAAAGCUGUUUUGGGUCUCAGCAGCUGCUCCACUCGUUUGUGUUAUCCUCUCUACUUUUCUUGUUUUUGCAUUCAAAGCUCAGCACCACGGCUUCAGUGUAAUUGGAAAGCUGCAAGAAGGAUUAAAUCCUCCUUCAUGGAAUAUGCUGCAAUUUCAUGGAGGCCACCUUGGACUGUCAAUGAAAACCGGCCUUGUUACUGGAAUUAUUUCCCUCACUGAAGGCAUUGCAGUAGGAAGGACAUUUGCUUCUCUUAUGAACUACAAAGUGGAUGGUAACAAAGAAAUGAUGGCUAUUGGACUGAUGAACAUUGUUGGCUCCUCCACUUCCUGCUAUGUCACAACAGGUGCCUUCUCUCGAUCAGCUGUUAAUCACAAUGCAGGAGCCAAAACUGCAGCGUCCAACAUAGUAAUGUCUAUUACAGUCAUGGUGACCAUCCUCUUCCUCAUGCCCUUAUUUCAAUACACCCCAAACGUGGUGCUGGGAGCCAUCAUUGUGUCUGCGGUCGUCGGCCUUAUCGGCAUCCCAGCAGCCUACCAUGUUUGGAAGAUGGACAAAUUCGAUUUCGUUGUGAUGCUGUGCGCAUUCUUUGGUGUUAUUUUCAUCUCUGUUCAACAUGGUCUCGCCAUUGCAGUGGCAGUGUCGAUCUUCAAGAUCCUGAUGCAAAUUACGAGGCCAAAGACGGUGUUGUUGGGGAAGAUUCCAGGGACAGAUAUUUAUCGUGAUCUUCACCAUUACAAGGAAUCAGUGAAGAUCCCUGGUUUCCUUAUUCUAAGCAUUGAAGCUCCAAUCAACUUCGCCAAUUCAACAUAUUUGAAUGAGAGGGUUUUAAGAUGGAUUGAAGAAUAUGAAGCAGAGGAUCCUAAGAUGCACUCAAACUCAAGCCUUCGAUUUGUGAUUCUAGAGAUGUCAACUGUGAGCACCAUUGAUACCAGUGGUGUAUCAUUUUUUAAAGAACUGAAGCAAACAAUGGAAAACAAAGGUGUCGAGCUUGUGUUGGUGAAUCUUGUGGGAGAGGUGAUGGAAAAAUUGCAGAGAUCAAAUGAAGCAGGUGAUUUCAUGAAACCAGAUUGCUUGUUCUUGACAGUAGGGGAGGCUGUUGCCACUCUUUCAGCAACAAUAAAGAGCCAAUCAUCCAAUGAUGUAUGAAAACACAAAACUAUCCUUUCAGGCUUUUAUUUCAACCCAAUUUCUCAUUUCCCAGCUUCCCUUUUUGUUGACUCAUCUAUCUUUUCCGAAUCCCAAAAUUACGCCACUUGGUUCAUUCACUUAUUUUCUCCUCUGCCUGAAUGUCUUGCAUGAUCGCAAUUAGGGGUGUCCUUUCCGUUGAUUAAUUUUUCAUAUAGAAAUCGAAUUAAUUACU